UAGCCUGACUGUACUUUAGUCCGCGCUGGGAAUUCCCUUCACACUCCUGUUAAUCGAACACCGAUAACACGGCUCGCGGAAUCAUGUUACUGCAUGCUUACAGUUGAGGUCCCGGGUAGGACUUAGUUGGGCAAAAGAUACGUGGUGAUGAUGCGAAAAGACGAGACAGAAUUACAGAAGCUCGACUCAAUAUAGGUGAUUUGUCAAUUUAUAUAUGUACAUGGUUUCCCAAAACCGGUUCUUGACAGAGUGUUUGUGAUGUCAUGCAAACUGAAACGGAAGAUAAUGCAGCCGGAACUCCCCUUCUCCUCUCGACGCUCACCCGUUGUUUGUUUAAAUGGCUGCAUUGCUUCGAGUCAGCCUUUGGCGUCAGUUAUUGGACUUGACAUUCUGAAGAGAGGCGGCAACGCAGCCGACGCCGCGGUGGCUGUCGCCGCCGCUCUCGGUGUGACGGAACCAUGCAGCACUGGGAUUGGCGGAGACUGCUUCUGCCUCUUCUACGACGCCCGCACCGGGCAGGUGCGCGGGUUGAACGGGAGUGGUCGGUCCCCCAGGGCAUUGACCCUGGACCUGUUGAGCGGUUUGGGUUUCAGCGAGGCACAGCCCCCCUCCGUCUUCCACGCCCUCAAUGUCACCGUUCCAGGCGCAGCAGCAGGCUGGUGUGACACCAUCCAGCUGUUCGGGAGUAAAAAGCUGACGCUGGGAGAGGUUCUGGAGCCUGCCGCGGAGCUCGCCGAGAGGGGCUUCCCCGUGGCGGAGGUCACUGCCCACCACUGGGCCAAGUGGUCGAAGGCCCUGGAGGAUGCUGGGAAGGCGCUGGGUGGAAACUUCCUCAUCAACAACCGACCACCCAAACAUGGCCAGUUGUUCGCUAACCCCGCGCUGGCUCGCACCUACCGGGAGCUGGCCCAGCGCGGGAAGUCCGGGUUUUAUGAAGGGAGGGUAGCGGAGGCCAUAGUAGAUGUUGUCAGGCGGAACGGUGGGGUCAUGACCCUGGACGACCUGAGGAGCCACAGCAGUGCUGAAGUCCAGCCCAUUUUCACCGAUUACAAGGGGGUGAGACUUUGGGAAUGCCCCCCCAACGGCCAGGGAAUAGCGGCCAUCAUGGCGCUGAACAUCCUGGAAAACUUUCCCAUGAAAGAGAUGGGCCACAACAGCAGCGGCUACCUCCACGUCCUGACGGAAGCCCUGAAGCUCAGCCUGGCCGACGUGGCGCACUACUGCGCCGACCCCGAAAAGGUCAGAGUGCCCCUGGAGGGGCUUCUGUCCCGGGACUAUGGCAACCAGCGAGCGCGGCUCAUAAACAUGCAGGCGGCGGGCGCCAACGAGCACGGGGCUCCUCCAGGAAGCGACACGGUCUACUUCGCCGUCGUGGACGCGGAGGGGAACGCCUGCUCCUUCGUCAACAGCACCUACUUGGGCUUCGGGACGGGCCUGGUUCCGGAGGACUGCGGGUUUUCCCUUCACAACAGAGGAGCCAACUUCUCCCUGGAUCGUAGUCAUGGGAACUGCGUGGGGCCGGCGAAGAGGCCCUACCACACCAUCAUGCCGGCGGCGGUGACGGACGCCGUCUCCGGGCGGCUGCUCUGUUGCUAUGGAGUGAUGGGAGCCUUCAUGCAGCCCCAGGGGCACGUGCAGGUCUUGCUCAACAUGCUGGAGUUUGGGAUGAACCCUCAGAGAGCCCUAGACGCCCCACGCAUAUAUGUGCAGUAUGAUAAGGCUGCAGCUGGAAACUGGCAGCUGAGCGUGGAGGCCGGUGUGGAGCAGGGCGUGGCCGAGGAACUCCAGAAACGCGGGCACACGGUGCUCUGGCCGGUGUCGGGACACGACAGAUCACAGUUCGGUCGGGGGCAGGUCAUCGCCGUGGGGUGCUGGUGGGACCCCGCUGCCCCUGAGCCCGAAAUGUCAGCCAGGGUGCUGUGGGCGGGGUCUGAUCCCAGGGCAGAUGGCUGCGCACUGGGGUACUGACCAACCACGCCGCCUGCUGGAGCUGUGGGGUAUUGACCAACCAUGCCCCCCUGCUGGAGCUGUUGGGUAUUGACCAACCACGCCCCCAAUGGAGCUGUGGGGCACUGACCAGCCAUGCCCCCUACUGGAGCUGUGGGGUACUGACCAACCACACCCCCUACUGGAGUGGUGGGGUACUGACCAGCCACGCCCCCAAUGAAGCUGUAAGGGAUGACGCACUCAUGUAAACUUUUUAAAAUGCGCUCCAUAUGAAUGAAUGUUCUGGAAAAUUAGAAAUGCAAAUACAGCCAGGCAAUAGCAGCACGUACAAUAAAAAUGCAUCAAGGAUAGCACAAAAAAAAUCGAGAAUCCCUACCAUCACAUUAUCGUGGUAGUGAAACCACUUGGAUUUACAUUUAGCCAUUUAAAAAAUCAUCUGACAUCUGAUUACAUUCUUUACAAUUUUACACAGAUUGCAUCCUUUACAAUCCUACACAGAUUACAUUCUUUACGAUCUGACAGAGAUUACAUCCUUUACUAUCUGACACAGAUUACAUUCUUUACGAUCUGACAGAGAUUACAUUCUUUACGAUCUGACACAGAUUACAUUCUUUACGAUCUUACACAGAAUACAUCCUUUACGAUCUUACACAGAAUACAUCCUUUACAAUCUUACACAGAAUACAUUCUUUACAUAUGGUCCAUUAAUGCAUUAAUGCAGCUGAAUGUUUACUGAAGCAAUUCAGGCUCGUUGCCUCACUCAGGGGUUUACAACGGCACUGCCGCAACCAGGAAGGGAACCUGCAAGCCCAGUUCCUUAAACUACACUGCCCCCGUAGUGACCUUUCAACCUGGCAGAGCUGUAGAAGUGAGCACAGAAGAUAACUCAGGCUUCAUAUUUUAUAACAUGAUUUUGGGACUUGAUCAGUGUUUUUUACUCAAAAACGGGUGAACUUUGAGUUUACAUGCAAGUGUUCGAAUUGACUUUGAUUGAGCCGAUUAAGAAAAAGUUUGAUCAAGUGGUUUAAAAAAUAUUUUAUUCAACCAAAAAUUGUUUUUAAUUUUGGUUUGUGUUUUUACAAUGUGCUGAUGUUUUUCACACGUCCUCUUCUCUAUAACAAACUGCCAAUUUUGGGAAAUGAAUUACUGCUCAUAGUCAUUCAACUGCAAACGUUUUUAAAUGUAUUUAAUAAAUUAUGGCUUUUGUUUUCCCUUGAAAGGCAAAAACGUGUGAAUGUUUAUUUAUGCAUUCAACACAAGUACAUUAACAGAACUUCUGAAAGUGGUAAAAUGUGAAGCCUUGUGAUUGCUUUGUAUGUGGUGCAUGACUGCAUUCUGACUAACCGUAGAGUGCGAUGAAUCA